AUGAUCUGGUCCUUGUGCUUGGUCCGAAUGGUUUGCCAUCCGUGCUUCCCCCUAUGGUGCGCAAACGAUGAUGGUGCUGGGAAUUCAGACUGCAGCUCUUCGAGCGUCAUCUUCCUGCCAGUCAUGGUCCGCUCCGCUACGACAUCAACGCCCACCCGAACACCAACCAGCACGUGUAUGGGCCCGCCUCCUCCUGCAACUGACCGCGCGGCAGACCCACUGCCUUCGUGCGUAGCUGCGCUCGAUCAACCCUCAACUGCUUCAUGCCGCAAUAAAUGGGUUUUGGGUAUUUUGCACGAUCCACCCACCCACAAAAAUAACAACACGGGGUCCAUUGGCACUAUUUGGCCUAACUCGCAUUAUCAUUUAGAAUGGAAGGUGAAGGUGCAUAUUCCUGCCCACUAUGCGGGAGGACGUUCACACACGCAGCGUCCGUGCGUCAGCACUUACGGCGGCAAGUCUGUUAUACAAACCGCUUUCCGCAGGAGGUUGAAGCAGAGAGGCGGAAUCAACGUAAUGCUCGCCGCCGUGAACGGCGGAGACUUCAAGCUGCCGCCGUCGCCACAGCCGCCGCAGUGGCGCGUCAAUCAUGCCAACAAGCACAGGCGGCGCCGCCAACAGCAGGAGCCGCGAUAA